UGCUCUCCCAAUCUAAUUCCCGUCACCCCCCUUCUCGUGCUCUUUCUUCUUCCUUCCUCCCUGUUCCCUCUCCACUUUAUAAGGAUAGAAAUUUCCAUGGAUCCUUGAGACUUGGUACUGCAAAUAGAUGGGAAAGGAGGCCCUCUCCUCCUUGUGUCCUUGUCUUAGGGGACUGAGACUUUGCUUCUUCUGGAUCAUUUCUGCCUUUUCACUUGGCUUGUGGAUCUUUUGGAAGAAGUUCUGUUCAUCUUCUGUUUUAACUUUCAUGCUAUCAGAUUUGUGCAGAGUGUUGUCAAUGCACUCAUCAAGGGGGAGAUUGAGGACCAGUGGUGGUCAUCCCUGUGUGAUGAGUAAUUGACAACCGUUGUGUGCUGAUGUCCUAUAGGGGUAUUUUAGUCUUUGUUUGUGGUUAAAAGAUAAGAUUUAGGGGGUCACGGUUGGACCGAGUCUUGCUCUCCCAAUCUAAUUCCCGUCACCCCCUUCCAUGCUCUUUCUUCUUCCUUCCUCCCCCUUCCUUCUCCACUUUCUAGGGUUAGAAAUUUAUAUGUAUCCUUGAGACUUGGUACUGCAAAUAGAUGGGAAAGGAGGCCCUCUCCUCCUUGUGCCCUCCGGGCUGUUGAUUCGUUUCGAUUUGUGUUCCUUUUGGUCUUGUACUUUUGGAUCUUGUCUUCUGUUUGUGAGCAGCAGUUGCUGAAGCUCAGCGCUUGCAGGCGGCUUGCGCGACGGGCAGAGAACGCGCAGUAGGAGCGUGCAGGGAGGUGCUGUGAGAGUGACAGCCAGACGGUGCGCAGCGAGGCAGCGCCUCGGUUCUUGGUCGGUGCCGCGAGCAGUGGAUGGUAGGCGGCCGGUGGUGGCACUCGGGCGCUACGGCAAGGAGGAGAGCACCUGAUUGGUGCUGCUGAGCUCGUGGGCCAAGGAGCGGCAGUGUUCCCAGCCGGCUGGUGCGAGGGCGCGCAUGGAGGAGUAGGCCAGUGAAGCGGCCCUUUGCAGCAGCUGGCCGACGAAGUAAGCAUGGUUCUGUUUUGUUUUUCUUUCUAGCAUUUAAUUUCUAUUCUGAUGAUUAGUAUCUCUGUUAGUCACUUGGUUGAUUGACUUUUGUAUUAACUAGUCUUUGCCUUCCGUUUGUUCUUUAAUCUUAGCUUGCUGAUUUAGCUAGUUCUAAUUAGUGUUAAAUCUUGCUAAUUGCUUUUAGACGCUUGCAUGCUUAGUUGUCUUGUGUUGUUUAGCUUUUGUUAGGGCUAAGUUAAAAAUAAAAACAAAACAAAAAAUAGAGUCUGUUGUGUUGGUGCUAGUUAGAUUUAUUUUCUAUGAUACUUGCUUUUGAUUUACCUAUACUAUAACCUUUUGCUCGAGUUCUUGAAGUGUUCCCUUUCUGGUGAUUGCACUCUGAUUAGCUUUUGUGCGGUUGCGUGAGUAGGCAUGUUACGUUUGUGCUUUUCACCGCUUUGCUUCCACGUGUGUGAGUAUUCCUAGUGCCGAUAGCCAUCCUGAGCUAUGCGGUACUGAUACUCACUUUUUGAGGUGUGUUGGGUGAAAUCGGGAUCAUUUCUCUCAGAUUUGAAAUCAGAUUUGAGGCUCCCAUUCACCCCCCUUUGGUCGCCUGUCCGGUCCUUGAAUUGGUAUUAGAGCCGAUUAGGAUCAUUUCCUUGCCUUAAUCGGUUCUGUGAUCCACUAUGGCGACCGCUAAGCGUGUUUCCUCGACUUCGCCUCCUCACUUCGAUGGGUCGGAUUACCGAUAUUGGAAAACUCGCAUUAGAGCCCAUCUCAAGAGUAUAGGAGCUGGAGUUUGGGAAUUACUCAGGAUGAGACCUACGCUAUCCCUCUUGUACACAUGAGUCAAGAUGACAAGGACAAAUACUAUGCGAACAACAAAGCUGUUGACAUUUUGCUUGCGAGUUUGUGUCGCGCUGAGUUCGAUCGAGUGGAGGAUCUUGUUCUUGCCAAUAAGAUUUGGUCCACACUCCAGAAGUUUCACGAGGGUACAAAUCAAGUGAAGCUCGUCUUUUCAAGUCAUAUCGCUGUGAGUACGAGAACUUCUCACAUUUGCCCGGCGAGACCACUGAUGCCCUUUUCCAGCGCUUUCUUGCAAUUGUGAACAAAAUGAAAGCGAAUGUCGCUGUUUUGCCCUACAUUGAUCAUGAUCAGGCAAUGAAAUUAUUGCACUCUUUGGAUAGAGGUGUGUGGGGCACCAAAGUUGAUGCUAUUAUUGAGUCUGCUAGUUAUGAAACUCUCUCCACCAAUGAUCUUUUCUCCAAGUUGAAAUCAACUGAGGUUGAUAUUCAACUCAGAACCAAACAUGAGGGUCAUGCAAAGGAUCCUAACUCCUUGGCCCUUUGUAGUAGGUUUUGGAUAGGCUGCUAAUGCUAACUCAAGGCCAAGUGCCUUUUCUUUGUCUGCUUUACUUUCUGUGACAGAGGAGCAGCUAGAGGAGAUCGUAGAUGAUGAGCUCGCGCUGUUCGCAAAGAAGAUAAAUCGGUUCAGCAACAACCGCAAGAAGAGGUGGAGGAGCAAGAACACCUGCUUCGAGUGUGGUCGGCUGGGUCACUUUGCUGCUGACUGCCCGAACAAGGAGAAGGGCAAUUACGACUCCACAAGUACAAGUCAAAGUCCCCUGACAAGAAAAAGAAGAGACACAAGAAGGGGAAUCAUGAGAAAAAGAAGUACAAGGAGGAGUUCCGCAAGCAGCGCGCCUUCGCCGCUGCUAUGAGCGACCACGAUGACUCUACUACUUCCAGCGACACUUCCAGUGACUCAAGUUCAAGCAAAGAGAAAGUCGUCAUCGAGCAGAAGAAGAAGGCCACCCAGAACUUCAACGGCCUCUGCAACUUCGCCGCCAACAGGAACUCCGACGGCUAUUGCCUGAUGGCUAAGGAUUCUAAGGAUGAGAAGAACGACAACAACAGCGAUUCUGAGCAUGAGUCUGAGGUGAGAACUUAUGAUGAACUCAUUCUUGAGGUUGAGUCUCUUACUUAUGCAUUGGAUAAUCGCAACAAGCUCAUUAAGGACACCAAAGUUAGGCAUACUCAAUUUACGAUUGAUUUGGAAAAUGCUGCUAAAGAAAUUGAGUUGCUUAAAUCUGCUGUUUCUGAACUUGUUGAAUUGAAAGCUGCUCAAUCUGAAGUUGCUAAAAAUGUUUCUACUGAAUGUUCUGAAUGCACUACUCAUAUGCUUGACUUAGUAGCUUUGCAAUCUAAGUGUGCUGCUUUGGUAGAAGAAAGAGAUGUUGUUUUGGCUUCUUUGGAUGAGUUUAAGGCUAGCCGUGUUUUGCCAUCUCCUUGUGACGCUUGUCCCACUCUCCAGAGUAAGCUUGAUGAGGCUUGGGCUAAGAUAAGAGAACUUGAGAAAUCAAGUGUUCCAGAGUGCAAAUUGUGCUUAGCCCGAGUGAAUGAGCCAAAUGAGUUGCGGGCUAUCCAAACUUUAACUGAGGAGGAAAAUGAAUAUCUGGGAACUAUUUUGAGUUGGGUGUCUAGUAGGGAACCACAACUAGGCAUGCUUUUCAGUGAGUUCAAACGGCAUGGUGGUUUUGGGGUUGGUAAGAUCAUUGAGCAUUUGAAUCAUCAUUGGGUUUAUGGGCUUGUCGGUGAGUGUGUUGAGAAGAGGGACACCCAAGCUUUCACUUCCAAGCCUAUCCCUACCAAAGAUGGUGUAUACACUGAACCGCCUCCAAAAGCCCCGAAGAAACCUAUCUGGGUAGAGAAGCCAAACCACUUAAAGAACAAGCUUGAUACUCUCCCAGAUAUUGCCCAUCAACAUCCAAAGCCACAAAGAAUGCCUAGACCUACUGUGUGGAUUCCGAGUGGCACAACCUCAGAUGCUAAGAACAGUCCUCCCUUUCAACCAAAGCCUUAGCCAGCUAGUAAAUCAGAAGCUUUUACCUUUCCUGUCCCACAGACCAAGAAGCCUGAACCCAGAGUGAACCCACAGCCUGAGAGAGUGAGGUUUUGUUGUGAGCACUAUGGGAGAGAUGGUCACCUAGCUGAGUUUUGCUACCGUCACAAGAGAGCUGAGAGACAGGAGCACCAAUGGAGGAACCAGGACUUGUACCACCCUGUCCAUGGUGUACAUAAGCCUAGGCAGUUUUCUCCUAUGAGUGGUGCUAGGAGAGAGCAGCAUAAACGUGAAGGAGAGAGACAUGAGGGUUCUAGGCGUGAUCAAAACCAUGGUCAAUUUUGUUUUAGGGGUCACAGCCGUAGCUUUGGACCUCCGAGGUUCGACAUAACAAGUUUUCCCCUGCGUGGUGGUCGCCCUCAAAGGAGAAGCGAUUUUGUGGAUGUGACUAACCUGACUGUUGAACAAAUGGCUUGACACUGGUUUUUUACACAUUUUCCUAACCCCAGUGUGGAGUCGUUUGCUCGUUCUUUUCCACAUUUUUGAGCAGGACGUGGGGUGGAGAACAUGAGGCUCGAUGGAACUUGAUCUUUGCCUGGAGAUGAUCAAGACUUGAUGGUUCUUCAUGCCUUUUGCAUGUGGCCCUCAUCAGGCCUUUUUUGUACACUUUGUAUAGUGAGUUUUUCUUUUGUAUUCUCUUAUCCUCUCUUAUGUACCAUAUGCUUGUUUUGCUUUUGUAUCAUGCUGUGAUAUACCCUGGUAGGCUAGCCACCUUUCAUUGUUAGCAUGUGUUUUCCUCUCAUAUAUCUUGUCAUGCUAGCUUUGUAAUAUAUGUUGGUGGAUUAGUCACCUUUUCUUAUUAGCGUGUGAUCCUCAUGAACCUCAUGACAUGAUCUCUUAUUUGCUUCUUUUUGUUAAAAUAACAUGUGUUUCUUUUGGUAUCUCUUUGUAUAGACUCCUUUUGUAACUAGUUGACAUGUUUGGAAGCCCAUGCUUUUAUUCAUUUAAUUGGUUUCAUGUCACAAUGCUUGAAUCCUUCAAAAUUGAUAUCUUCAUUCGCAUUGUUUAGUGCGGAUUGAGCUUUAACUUGCUUCUGAGCUUGUCAUGUCUUCAUGUUGCAUUUUGCUCUUUCUUUGAGUUCUCCCUCAUUUGUAAUUGGUUUUGGAGUAUUUUAUUUGGCUUUUGUGUUCUCUCCUUUUCCUAGCUGUGUAUUGGCUAGUUGUCUUUGUUUGAGGGGGAGCUCAGCUUCAUUUGAGGGGGAGUUUGGCUAAGGACCAGUGUUGGUUCUGGUAUCCAUUUUUUAUCACUUAAUUGGUAUCAAAUUUUUGGUCCUUCAAUUGAUAUCUUUUCCUUGGUACUCAAUUGGAUCCUUGGAUGUCCUUCAUUCGCUUUGGAUCAUUUCCAAAUUUAUUCCAAGGUUUAAUCUUACUCCUCAUGAGUUUUCUUUACCUUGAGCUGAGUCCUGUCUCUUCCAGCUUUGUAAUUGUUUUUUGUAUCAUUUUGUACACUUGCCUUUUCUUUAUUGGUUUGGAUCUUUUUUUUUUGUAUACUACUUGUACCAUUUACUUGCAUUGCAUCUGUAUAUCCUGCAUUAGAUUCAUACUGAGCUUCUCUUAUAUACCUUAAGUAUUUAUAUAUAUAUGCUCUUGUGAACUGAUGCUUUAGAUUGUGGUGUUGGUGCAAUGCAUUGCUUAUGCUCUUGAUGGUAUGAGAUAGAAAUCUUGUGAGCUGAGCUUUUAAAUUGAAUUUGAAUCAUAUCUAUCUAUCACCCGUGAGUAGCUUCUUGUAAAGUUUUACUCUUGCUUAGGUUGCUAGUGUUGUGAUAGCUUAUGCUUGGAUGCCUGUUUCUUUACACAUGGCUUAUUAUUGUGCAUGCUUUGUAUUCCUUGGGGUAGUUUUGAUGUUGAGCUACACUUGUGCCAAGGGGGACCUCAUAAACCUUGGUUACAUUCAUGUUUUAUCUUAAAAUUGGUCAAAAAAUUAUAAAAAAGCAUAUGAAAUGCUUGAUUACAUGCUAUUUCAAUUGCAAAUUGAAAAACCAUUCACCAGGUUGCUCUGCUGUUACAUGUGCUUGCCAUAGAAGUAGGCUCAUGGUUUCAGUGAGUUUGGAUAUGAGUAGGAAUACAUUGCAUGUGUUAGCAAUGAUCUUAUGUUGAGAACUUGUCAUCCUUGUAUGAGAUCUUGUGAACUAGUUGAUCUUUGACAGAGUGAUCUUUUUGCUAGUUGCUUGCUCAUGUGGUCAUAUAUAUCUUAAACAUGCUUAAAGCUCAUAAUCAUGCUUUUGUCUCCUGAUUAUAUCAUAAUAUCUUCGUGAUGGCUUUGACUGCUUGUUUUUGGCCCGCUUCUCAAGUUUUAGUUCACUUGUAGCAUAUUUCAAUGCUUUUGGUUUAUCUGAGAAGCUGUGUAGGUUGAACCCUUCUUGUCAUGCUUUGUAUUCCCUUUGCAUUGUUGAACCUUGAUGGAUGCAUUGUCAAAAAGGGGGAGAGAAUUGCACAAAUCAUACUUCAGGAGAGAUGCAUCAUUCAAGGGGGAGCUUUGCUUACAUUGUUUUUGAAAGGGGGAGAUCUGUUUCAGGGGGAGCUUUUGUUACUUGAUUGAUUCUAUUUUAUCACAUGAUUGGUGUUGAGCCAUUUCUACCUUUUCUUAAGGGAUCAUGUGAUUUUAUCUCAGUCGUGUCAAGCCUUUGCCCUUGUCUUAGGGGACUAAGAUAGUUUGAGCUUUUAAGCUCUGUGUUCGGUUUGUGCUUGAUCGAUUCUAUUUGUCACAUGACUGGUGUUGAGCCCUUUCUGCCUCUUCUUCAGGAGUUCAUGUGAUUUUGUCUCAGUCGCGUCAACCCGUUGCCCUUGUCUUAGGGGAUUGAGACUUUGCUUGUUCGAUUUGUGCUUGAACAAUUCUAUCUUAUCACAUGAUUGGUGUUGAGCCCUUUCAUGUGAUUUUUGUCUCGGUUGCGUCGAGCUGUUGCCCUUGUCUUAGGGGACUGAGACUUUGCUUCUUCCGGAUCGUUUCUGCCUUUUCACUUGGCUUGUGGAUCUUUUGGAAGAAGUUCUGUUCAUCUUCUGUUUUAACUUUCAGGCUAUCAGAUUUGUGCGGAGUGUUGUCAAUGCACUCAUCAAGGGGGAGAUUGAGGACCAGUUGUGGUCAUCGCUGUGUGAUGAGUGAUUGACAACCAUUGUGUGCUGAUGUUCUAUAGGGAUAUUUUAGUCUUUGUUUGGGGUUGGAAGAUAAGAUUUAGGGGGUCACGGUUGGACCGAGUCUUGCUCUCCCAAUCUAAUUCCCGUCACCCUCUUCCGUGCUCUUUCUUCUUCCUUCCUCCCCCUUCCCUCUCCACUUUCUAGGGUUAGAAAUUUCCAUGGAUCCUUGAGAUUUGGUACUGAAAAUAGAUGGGAAAGGAGGCCCUCUCCUCCUUGUGCCCUCCGAGCUAUUGAUUCGUUUCGAUUCGUGUUCCUUUUGGAUCUUGUCUUCUGUUUGUGAGCAGCAGUUGCCGAAGCUCAGCGCUUCCAGGCGGCUUGCGCGACGUGCAGAGCACACGUGGGAGCAGCGUGCAGGGAGGUGCUGCGAGAGCGACAGCCAAACGUUGUGUGACGAGGUAGCGCCUCGGUUCUUGGUCGGCGCCGCAAGCAGUGGAUGGCAGGCGGCCGGCGGUGGCGCUCGAGCGCUACAGCAAGGAGGAGAGCACCUGAUUGGUGCUGCUGAGCUUGUGGGCCAAGGAGCGGCAGUGUUCCCAGCAGGCUGGUGCGAGGGCGCGCAUGGAGGAGCAGGCCAGUGAAGCGGCCCUUUGCAGCAGCAGGCCACGAAGUGAGCAUGGGAUUUGGAUUCUAGGCUCGGGAGCUUUAGGACACAUGUCAUCAAUGGUUUGAUUUUCAAAUUUAUUUGGAAGACAAAGAAGAUUCAAGACUCAAAGUUGGACUAAUUCUUCGAUUCAACCUAUGGCUCAGGGACUACUCCAUAUGGAGUGCGAUUUUCAUCGCACCCGAUAUAUAAAGAUUAUUUCUGAAGAUUUAAAAUCCACUCGGACAAGAUCAUUACACAGCCUCGAAGCAUUCAAGGAAGUACUCAGAAGAUGCAUUCUAGGCUAAGUUCAAGGAACUCGAAGACGACUUCAUAAGCACUUGAAGCCUACACUACUCAGCUACUAAAAACUCGUGGGCUUGUCAAACCUGGGCCCACGCGAUAGCUUAUGUGGUACAGAUCUGUACGGGAUAAGGGAUGGGGCAUGUCCCAUACCCUGACGUUGUGUAAAGUACUCGUAUACGAGUAGGACUAGUCGGUACAGAAGGAAACUACUCGAGUAGUACUCGGGUAGGACUCCUAGGCUAGUAUCGAUCUAGGGUUUCCAUGUAACCCUGUCCCCCUAGACUUUAUAAGGGCAGGCAGGGACCCCCUCGAAAGCAUAACCUAACCUCAAGCAAUACAAACCAUAUACAGGAUGUUGAGUAUUAUGCAA